UUUGGCUUUAACAUUAGAACAUCCUCCUAAUCGCGAGUUUGAUUCAAACAAAAUAUAACGUAUGCUCACGUACGAGAUGAGCAUCCUCGUCCAAAAAAUUACAGAGAUAUUGACGGUUUUAACAACGACUAACGUGGUAUUGAGUCUUAUUGGAAUGUGAUCUCACGUCCCAAAACAUCAAUUGGUAUCUUCCAUUUGCAAUGCAUGCAGUGUGGACGCAUAGUUGAGAAGGAAACAAUACAUCUGUUCAUGAGACCAUCCGAAAUGAAAUCUGUCGCAUGUUAGGUGCACACCAUCGGAACCACUCUUCAUUACAAUGAUCUUGCUCCAGGUAUGCUGAAGUUGAUAGUACUAUUAAUUGUGCGAUCAACAACCACUAUGGCGCGAGGAUGACAGGAAAUACCAAACUAAGAUAACUACAGCCUACUCAAUCACAUUCUCUUCUCACGCAAUGGAAGAGUCGCCGCGAGCUUCCAAACGUAGGAAGCUCGAUACCACCAGUCCUGCAGCGUCGAGUCCUGCCGCGAAACCAUCGACCGCAAGAAAGUCUAGUAGGCUUGCGAAUAAACCUACCCCGCACCCGAAAACACAAGAGGAAGAUGAAGAUACAGGCAAGGAUGGGGAAUCUAUUGCUGUGGCGACCCCUAGGAAGGCUGUCAGGAAUACAGCCCGCUCAAUUGUACAGCCUAAAGAAGUGAGACCUGAUGUCUGGGACGAUAUUGAAGCCGCGUCAGGCGAAGGCUCCAUUGCAUCUGCGGUACCGAAAUCUGUGCCUGCCUCUAAGAGGAAAACUCCGGCCAAGCGACCUACUCGGGGCAGCGACAAAGUGAGUGCGACUACAGAAACAGACGAAAUACAGGACCCGAAGCCAAAUUCCAGAGCGGCCAGGAAGACAAACACAACAGCUAAAAACAGACAAAAGAAAACCACAUCUGCUUCGACUGUCAAGGGCUCAACCAAAGGCGCCGUCGCUGACGCUGAUACUUCGGAUGAAUUAGGCCAGGAUCACUCUUCCCGCAAACCUACCACGGCGAGUGCUCGAAAGACAGCUUCUUCGCGCAAAUCGAAAAACGCCACUCAGACUCAGUCUACCACUACUCCCUCUAAAGCUGCAUUACCCAAGAAGUCCGUACGAAAUGCGCCACGUGCUGCUUCGUCCAGUGGCGAAGACGAGCUCUCCAAGAUUGCCCCUCCAAGAUCGUCCAGACGCAAGCAACCUCGAUUUCAGGAAAACGCUACAAUUCCGGAGACUGAAGAUGAAACAGAACCGGUUCCGCCUCCAGCUGCUUCAACGUCAAAAGCCAGCGCGAGAAGGAGAUCAAAUCGAGCUGAUCACAUCAGUAAUGAAGAUGAGGAAGUCCUUGUUGAUGUUGAGACAGACCGUGAGUUGGAGUCCAGGAAUAUCGAUGGAGAUGGCAUGAGCGUGGAUGGCAAUAGCAUUGUUGGAAGUGUGCUCGACCCGACUGAGCCAAGUCCUUUCAACAAACCCAGUCCUGCCCAGAAAUUGAAUCUUACCACUCCAUCCCUCAACAUUCAUGUUUCAGCCGGGCGCGAACUAGAUCUUCUCAAAACAAUAGUUUUGGAGCGUAUCUCUGGUAAACGCCCAGCUCCUCUUGUCAACCUGGACGAAGAGUACGCCUCUGUUCAUCAGUUGGUUCACCAGACUGUCACUGCAGGUGAGGGUAAUUCAUUGCUUGUUAUCGGCGCCCGUGGGAGUGGAAAGACGUCUCUUGUGAACAAGGCUCUCAGGGAAGUGCACAAGGAGAAUGGGGAAGAUUACCACGUUGUGCGACUCAACGGAUUCAUUCAUACUGAUGAUAAGAUUGCUCUGCGGGAGAUAUGGCGCCAGCUCGGCAAAGAGAUGGAUUUGGAUGAAGAUGAAGGCGGAGUAGGCAAAAAUUAUGCCGAUACUCUGACAACUCUAUUGGCACUUUUGUCCCACCCUUCGGAGCAGACUGGUGAAAUCACAGACCACAUCGCGAAGGCAGUAAUCUUCGUCAUGGACGAAUUCGAUCUGUUCGCGCAGCAUGCGCGACAAACUCUGCUGUACAACCUAUUCGAUAUUGCACAAUCUCGCAAAGCUCCGAUUGCUGUUCUUGGCCUUACCACCCGCAUUGACGUUGCUAAUAGCCUCGAAAAACGCGUCAAGAGUCGGUUCAGCCAUCGCUACGUCCAUCUUUCGCUGGCCAAGACUUUCAGCGCGUUCCAGGACAUGUGUAAAGCGAACUUGCUCGUCUACGCAGAUCAGCUCAGUAUCCCUGAACGAGCUGUCCUCGAGCCGAAUGUCAAUUCGCCAGCAAAGAAACCCAAGAAAGGCAGCAAGCCCAGCCUUUUGACCGAUUGGAACAACAACAUCACAACUCUUUUCGCCACCAAAGCAUUCCUUACAACGCACCUGGCACCAAUUUACCACCUCACUAAAUCCAUCCCUGAGCUUCUCACCACCUUUCUGCAUCCGCUCUCCACGCUUUCAUUGUCCAACACUACCCUCCAGCCUCCGACCACUCUUUCCCUUCCACCAACCUCCAGACUGCCUCUUAUACCGCACCUCUCCACACUCGCUCUCUCCCUCCUCAUCGCCGCUGCUCGCCUCGAUAUCAUACACGACUCGGAUACGUGCAACUUCAACAUGGCGUAUGACGAGUACGUCUCGCUCGCAAGCAAGGCGCGUAUCCAGAACGGCGUCGGUGGUGUCAGCGUCGGCGGAAGCAUGAGCAAAGUCUGGGGCAAGGAACUCGCAAGGCGCGAAUGGGAGGGACUUGCAGAGCUGGGGUUCGUGGUGCCUGUUCUACUAGGCGCUGUGGGCGGUGGGUUCGGCAUGUGCAGGAUCGAUGUCGCGCUCGAAGAGAUUGGAGAGGUUUUGAGGGGUCCGGCGGCGAAAGGCGUCGAGAAGGGGCUGGAGAGGUGGUGUAGGCAGAUUUAG